AUGGCAACUGAAGCCACUCCUGGGAAUCUUGCGACGUCGAAUACUCCCUCUGAUAAUGAGCUGAACACCACCCAAACCACGAGCAACGAUGUCUCCCCGACUGAACAACCUCUUGUAAAUGGGAAGGCGAAUACCGAUAAAGAUGAGACUAAGCAAGAUGUUGAGCCUGUCGAAGCAGCCCUCACCUCAGCGGAGGUCAGCGUUAGUGGAGGAUCGGAUACUGAAGCUUCGAAAGCGGAAACCUCGAAAACCCAGGUAGAUGAGAAGGGUCAUCUCCGAACCGCCUCGUCUGUGAAGAAAGCCAUCUCAUUCAAACCAGUCUCGGUCAAUAAGACUUUCCUUGCGGCCAAAAGCGCGACUGCUUCCACAACUUUGAAGCUUGGUGACAAAGGAUCCCCUGGAGUUAUGUCGCCCCAAAGCGGAACUUCUGCAAGCUCGACACCUAGACCUCGAUUGGUUGCAAAGGCUGCGAGUGGUCUCCGUGAUUCGGCUCCUCGAACCUCCAGCAUUUCAAAUGGUGGCAAACCUGGCGCAGCUCCAGACCCAAGCGCUGUGUGGAACAAAAACCGACCUGCGCCUCCUCCAGAACCAAAACGAUUUACUGACGAAGAGCUGAAGCAACGAUAUGGUAUUCAUUUAGCUACCAGACUUCAGUCGGACGAUCCGGGAAGGGAGAAGAACUGGGCAGACAUCGACGACGACGAUGACGAUUGGGCGCCAGAGACUAUUGAGUGGACUGAUGGUACUAAGAUAACUCUACCCCACCCUGACGAGACGCCCGCUCCUACUCCAGAGCCUGCUCCAGUACCAUUGGUGCAAGAUACAAGACCGGUUGAAGUACCGAAGUCAAAAUCGCCGGCCCCUAUAGAUAAAUCGGGAUCACCAACCGUCAAACCUAGUGGACUCGGGUCUGGUAGAGCCGGCCUUAUCCUCAAAGGUGCUACGGAAAAGCCAACACUGGUUGCAAAGCCUCCUGGACCCCCUACUCCAGUCAAAUCACCAUGGGCAUCGUUGCCACCUGUAGACAAGGUGCCGCCUAUUGCGAUAGACACUCCUCAAAACCAGCCCCAACAGCAGAGCCGUUUCAGCCAAAGAGAUCCUCAUGGCUUCCAAGGCAUGCCGCCUCCCGCAAAGGAAAUUGCUGCAGACGACUUUAGCCGAUCAUGGAGAGAUGGCAGUGCGAAUACAAGCAGAGAGCUAUACAAUUCACAAUCUGGCAGAUACGAGCCAGUUAAUGAUGGUCGAAGAGGGUCGACUCGCAAUGAUCCACAUUCGAGGCAACCUGCGGUUCUACAGCGACCAGCACACGAUGGCCCUGCGGAGCCUUCAGCUGCAUUCCAGACGCAUCGUGCUGGUGGCCAAGAUGCUGCCUAUGUCCGCCGCCGCACCUCGUCAAACGUGAGCGGUGGCAGUGGGCACUUUGCAAGACGAAUGAGUCGCGGUCACGAGUUGGCCCCCCAACCUCACGAGAUGUUGAAUGUACGACGAGGCUCGCUGGCGGCGGUAAGCGACGCGCCUUCCUCACCCAGGGGCUUUUCACCUUCAGGUCAACAACCCCAACGCGGCUACCAAAACCAAACCUGGCAGUCUCGCACUUCACAGUCGCCUGUCAUUAGCCAUCCUUCGCCUCAAUCGGUACAUGGUCAAAUUGUUCCCUCUAUCUCAGGCUCAGUGGAUGGCCAGAGCCAGCCAUCGAGUGCCGUUCUCUCUGAAGAGCAAAUCUUCGAAGACCAGAAGAAGCGCAUGCAGAUAGCCCGCGAGCUGGCCAUCAAGCGAAGACAAGAAGAAGAAGCCAAGGAAGAGGCAGCUAAGAGAGAACGCAUUCGCAUCAAAUUGGAAGCCAUGGGUCCGCCUCCCGAAAAGCCAAAGAAGGAGACCCCCAAGCAAGAGAAGGCGGUUCCUACGCAAAUCCAAGUGCGCGAAUCUGCAGAUACAGUCCCUGCGCAAUCUAAGCAGGUCGAGUCGACGGAGGUUGGAAAGGUGAAGUCUUCAGCGCCUCCCGCCACAAGUGCUGGUGAGGUGAAGACUUCGGAGAAGGGUGCCCAAGAUCAUCGCGCCAACGAUGUUCAGGAAGGUGAAUCCGCUGCACCCGGCCGUCAAGGUUCUCAGGACGCCAGGUCUUCCCAAUCCUGGCAAGGCAACUCAGCCCAAGGCUCAGAUCGAUAUCAAGCUCAAGGCCCUUGGGCUCCUCCUGCGCAACAAUCAGCUUCGCGGAGCGUUUGGGGUCCGCCCACCAGCGACAAAACGCUAGGCAACGGCACGUUCAACCCUGAACUGAGCAGAAUACCCAAUAUGCACCCAUCGUCGCUCCCAGGCCCGAUUGGACCUCCAAACUCGAAUCGUGGAAACGAUGGCCAGUUCGCCCGCGGUCGGGGUCGCGAAUUAUACAACUCGAGACCAGCACCUAUCGGCCCGCCGAAUAGGAAUGUCGAUCAACAUACCGAGGAACAACGCCGUCUGGUCUCACAGAGCGGCUGGGCCAAUGCGGCGGAGUCGGUUCAAAAACAAGAUACCCUCAUUCGCCAAAAGCAGGACUUAGAGCUUGCCCAACGCCGAGAACUUGAAGAGCAAGGCGUGGCCCCAGAUAUCGCACAACCAGUGUACAAGGAGACCUGGCGACAAGUUACAUUAAACGAAGAUGGCAGUCGAAGCAAAACAGAAACCGUUCACGCCGAUGUCCAUGAUGCAUCAUCGCAGUUCAAUUCCGGAUGGAAAUCUUACCCAUCUAAGGCGGAGGACGUAGCAACACGAGCCAUAUUCGAUGAGCAAGAUCCAGCUCGCCGCCGUCAUCUCGAUGCUAUUGGCAACACGGCCCAGUCCCAAUUUGCUGAUCCUUGGAGACCAGCAACCAUGAAUGCCUCUCCUCGAGUCCGCGACUCACGAUUCUUCCCAAACAAUCGGGAUAUCCGGCAUGAAGAUCCAGUGGUUCCGUUUGAGCGGCCAGGGUCGCCAUCUCCUCCACCCCCAACCAUGGCAGGUCACCCAGCGUACGAUGGAGAUACCGCACACCCCCAUGUCUCCCUUCCUCGCCCUGCACCUGUCGUCAAACUACCACCGGUGGUUCUUGCCCCGAUCGGUCCCCCGAAACCUACAUCAUUCGCUGCGGCGGUCAUAGCACCUACAGCCCCAUCCGCAAGCCACGCUCCUGGUUAUUCAGGACGACAGGACUACCCUUCUAGAAAUUCUGCCUCUCAUCAAGAUAGUCGACGGGUACCAGAACCAACCGCUGGAGUUUGGCAGGACCGUAUCAAUACUUUGAUUGGACGCAAACACUCACCACCUAAAACGCAUGCUCUUGCUGUCGACUCGUCCAGCAAACAUGCUCUGGAGCUCCCUAAUUCACAGUUUGCGGCUACCGUCUCACUACCUUCGUUAUCCUCUUCGGAAUCAGGGUCCGAUGAUGCGCCAGUUGCUUCGAAACCAGCCGCCGAGGAAUGUUUUGAAGAGCAAGAAAUGGGAUCACUUCCUGUUAUCAAAUUGCCAUCAAACGCUCCUCCCACAGCUUGGGCCCCCGCUGGUUCACCACCAAAGUUCCUGCCUAAGAAGUUCCUAGCUGCUGAUGUUACCAGCGUCGAACCAGUGGAAUUCACGGACUAUGUAAUGAACAAUAGGAUCAACUUCUUGAUUCGCCUUCCUGGAGAAGUAGAGGGAAGACUUGUUUACGGUCCUUUUCUGCGCCAGAAGAGCAACCCAAGACGAGGUGGUGCCCGGGGAGGAACUCCACGCCAAUCUUCAUCAUCACAUCCUCGGGGCGGCAGAGGAAGAGAUGCAUCCAGCGGCUUUCAGUCUCCGAAACCAGAAAACUCAACAGUGGCGUCCGGUAGUAACCCCACUAGCCGUGGCGGUGGCAGAGGUGGCAGAGGAUAUGGCUCGAACUGGAACCGUCACGUUUCUACCCCCGUUCAGACUUGA